AGAGAGAGAGAGAGAUCAUACAAUAUGGCAAUACUUAAUACUUGGAUCAUGGAGUUUUCUUCACUACUAAUAUUUCUACUGUUUUGGAGUUUUUUUCUUCCUUGUUUURCAGAAGAGAGAGAAAUCUACUUGGUCUUAAUGGAAGACGACGACCCAGUUGCCUUCCACCAAAGUGAGAGGACAACURGUCCGAGCUUCGAAAGAAACAGCAAAGUUUCAAAAAAGGCAGCACCAAGAGAACUGGAGGGAUUCCACGACCAGUUUCUUGAGAAAAGUCUAAGAGUGGAGAGCUACACGAAGCUUCACAGCUUCAAGCACAUCAUCAAUGGGUUCGCGGUCCACACGACGCCAUCGGAGGCGAGAAAGCUGAGAGAAGCUGAAGGGGUUGUGGCUGUGGAGAGAGACAGAGGAGUGAGGAAGAUGACAACUUACACCCCUCAGUUUCUAGGGGUUCCCUCCACAUUAAGGGCAACAGUGGGAUGCAAGAGGAAUGAAAGUAGUGGUGGAGAGGGGAUUGUUAUUGGGUUUGUGGACUCUGGGAUUGACCCGACACACCCGAGUUUCGGUUUCGGUUUCGGUCUCGGUCUCGACGAGUCUUCUAAGUUUUGUGGGGUUUGUGAGGAAGGUCCUUUUUUUGGUUCAAAUUCUUGCAAUGGGAAGAUUGUGGGAGCAAGAUUUUUCUGUGCUGGGGCUCAGGCUGUUUCACAACUCAACUCUUCUGUGGAUUUCCUCUCCCCUUUUGAUGCUGAAGGCCAUGGAAGCCACGUGGCAUCUAUAGCUGCUGGAAAUGCAGGGGUUCCAGUCGUUGUUAAUGGUUUUUUCUAUGGAUUGGCCAGUGGGAURGCGCCACGUGCACGAAUUGCUAUUUAUAAGGCUGUGUAUCCAACAGUGGCUACUCUAACAGAUGUAGUUGCAGCCAUAGAUCAAGCAAUUAUUGAUGGAGUUGAUAUAUUGGCAUUGUCUGUUGGACCAAAUGAACCACCAGAAGUAGGAUUUACGUUUCUAAGCAUAUAUGACAUUGCUGUAUUAUCUGCCACACGAGCCGGAAUCCUUGUGGUUCAGGCUGCCGGAAAUAACGGCCCGGCCCCGUCAACCGUCGUCUCUUACAGCCCUUGGGCUGUCGGCGUGGCCGCUUCCGGCACCGACCGAGUUUAUCCGGCCUCACUUCUCCUUGGCAAUGGCCAAAAMGUUGGAGGCACAGGCUUGUCUGGACCCACUCUGGGGAGUGAGUUUUUGCUACAUAAGCUGGUAUUGGCCAAGGAUGCAGUGAACCAAAAUGUGGCACUUCCCACUGAAGAGUGCCAAUAUCCUCAAGCUUUUGACCCAAAUAUUGUCCAAAACAGCAUAGUAAUCUGCUCCUUCUCUCAAGGAUUCCUCAAUGGAACCUCCACCCUCACAGCUAUCCUUCACACUGCAGCAACACUCAGAUUCAUGGCUUUUGUUCUCGUUGCAAAUCCGAGCUAUGGCGACUUCAUUGCAGAACCCAUCCCCUUCAGAAUUCCUGGCAUUCUCGUCCCGAGCGUUUCAGAUUCUCAGGUGAUAUUGAAGUACUAUGAGGAAAAUAUAUGCAAGGAUGGGAGGGGAAUGGUUACAAACUUUAAAGGCAAAGCAGCCAUAGGAGAAGGAAGAUUUGCUUCAUUUGGGGGCCAAGCUCCCACAGUUAGCAGAUUUUCAUCAAGAGGACCAGAUUACAUGAACAGUAAUAGGACUGCAGCUGAUGUGCUAAAGCCCGAUAUUCUCGCUCCAGGUCACCAAGUUUGGGCUGCUUGGAGCCCCCUUAGUGCCUCGGAGCCACUUUUAAAGGGAUACCAUUUUGCACUCUUGUCUGGAACAAGCAUGGCAGCACCUCACAUUGUGGGAAUAGCAGCACUUAUCAAGCAAAAGAAUCCUUCUUGGACUCCUUCCAUGAUAGCUUCUGCAAUGUCCACAACUGCUACAAAGUAUGAUAUGAAUGGAGAGCUUAUUCAGGCAGAGGGAUAUGGCAUUCAUAGUUUAUAUCCUUCUACUCCCUUUGAUUUGGGCGCUGGCCUCGUCUCUCCGACCAAUGCUUUAGACCCGGGAUUGGUCUUCCCAUCAGAAUAUGAAGACUAUAUAAACUUCUUGUGCUCUUUACCUGGCGUUGAUCCUGCUGUCAUCAAAAGCACCACUGGAAGACAUUGCAAUGCCUCUCUCUCACAGCCACACCCAGCAGAUCUGAACCUUCCUUCACUCACAAUAUCAUCACUGGUUGGGCAACAGGUGGUGCAGAGAAGAGUGAAGAAUGUAGGAGGCAAAGUGGAGACAUAUGUGUGGUCGGUGAUCCCGCCGAACGGGACAACAGUCGACAUCWAUCCGCCAUGGUUCGCCAUAGCGCCAGAAGGGGUCCAAAACUUGGAAAUACAGAUCAAUGUCACACAUAAAAUGGAUCACUUUAGCUUUGGGGAGAUUGUUUUGACAGGAAGUUUAAACCAUAUUGCAAGGAUCCCUUUGUCAGUUUUGGCUGUUUCUACAUCCUAAAGGACAGGAUUGGUUCAUUUUCUUUGAAAGUCUCUCUAUAUUCCUUACUUUUAAAAGGGGGUAAAAUUUUUCAAAAGAUUAUAAUGUGUAAAAUGUCAAAUAAGUGAUAGUUUCAAGAUGAAACUAGUACACUAGUGUAGUUCUUAGAAAUGAGCUCAAAAGUUUGAAUAUUACCAAUAUAGAAAGAAAGAUCUUGUUGCUAUAACAUUUGAGAGCUAGUAGUUCUAAUGGCAGACUGUUCUGUCUUUUUGUACAAAAAGGAAGUUUAGCCUGUCUUAAGAAAAAAUCUUUUGAAUGGUUUCUAAAGGUGAGAUACAACUUUUCAAUAUC